CCCCGCCCCGCCGCCUCGGGCUGGCCUUCUGACCAAAGUCACAUUUUCUCUCCGACAUUGCAACACCGUACUAGCCCGCGAGCGCCAAGUUUCGUCAUCUUCGUGUCGAAGCUUGAUAUCGACAACUGUUGUAAUUGGGAGAAGCGGCCCCGUGUGUCGCCCCCUCCACCUCUCCCCUCCCCACCGCCGCCGCCACCUCCUCCACCACCACCACCACCACCUCCCCCCUCGCUGGGCCCCCCGUGCGGAGCUGCCCGCUGUGGAGAGUUCAGUCGGGCUCGGGAGAGGAAUGCGCUGGGAUGCUGCCGUGACGGAGCAGCGCGAACCGUGUGGCCGAACGACGCAGCAGCCCGCCCGGGAAAUGGACCGCAGCGAUCCCUACCUACACCACCCCCACUCCUCAGGGCCAAUGAGCACACCCCACAGCCACCCCCCUCCCAUGGGCGGCAUGGUGGGCCAUCCCUCGGUCAUUAGCACCUCCAGGCCCCUGCCAUCCCCCAUGUCCGGCCUGGGCUCGCCCCCGAUGAACGGCCUGGCUUCACCUUACUCCGUCAUCACCUCCUCGCUUGGCUCGCCCUCCGUAUCGCUGCCCUCCACGCCUGCCAUGAACUUUGGAUCGCUCAGCAGUCCACAGAUGAACUCCAUGAACAGCAGUGUCAGUAGCUCUGAGGACAUCAAGCCACCGCCAGGUUUGCAGAACUACGGGAACAUCAACUACCAGUGCACCAGCCCCGGAGGAAUGUCCAAGCACAUCUGCGCCAUCUGCGGGGACCGCUCCUCAGGAAAGCACUAUGGCGUGUACAGCUGUGAGGGCUGCAAAGGCUUCUUCAAGAGAACCAUUAGGAAAGAUCUGACCUACACGUGUCGAGACAGCAAGGAGUGUAUGAUUGACAAGCGCCAGCGCAACCGCUGUCAGUACUGCCGCUACCAGAAGUGCCUUGCCAUGGGCAUGAAGAGAGAAGCCGUGCAGGAAGAGAGGCAGCGUGGGAAAGAGCGGGGGGAGAAUGAGGUUGAGUCCACCAGCAGUUUCAAUGAAGAGAUGCCCGUCGACAAGAUCCUGGACGCUGAGCUGGCUGUGGAACCUAAAACCGAGACAUACACCGACGGCAGCCCGGGCAACUCGACGAACGACCCUGUCACCAACAUCUGCCAGGCAGCAGAUAAGCAGCUCUUCACCCUGGUGGAAUGGGCCAAGAGGAUCCCCCACUUCUCUGAGCUACCUCUAGAUGACCAGGUCAUCCUAUUACGAGCAGGCUGGAAUGAGCUGCUCAUCGCCUCUUUCUCGCACCGCUCAGUCACGGUGAAGGAUGGAAUCCUGCUGGCCACCGGCCUCCACGUCCACAGGAGCAGCGCCCACAGUGCUGGAGUGGGGUCAAUCUUCGACAGAGUCCUGACAGAGCUGGUAUCGAAAAUGAAAGACAUGCAGAUGGAUAAGACGGAGCUGGGCUGCCUGCGAGCCAUCGUCCUCUUCAACCCCGAUGCCAAGGGUCUGUCGAACCCGCCAGAGGUGGAAGGGCUGAGGGAAAAGGUCUACGCCUCGUUAGAGUCGUACACCAAACAGAAGUACCCAGAGCAGCCUGGCAGGUUUGCCAAGCUGCUGCUGCGCUUACCCGCCCUGCGCUCCAUCGGCCUCAAGUGUCUGGAGCACCUGUUCUUCUUCAAACUGAUCGGAGACACCCCCAUCGACACCUUCCUGAUGGAGAUGCUGGAGGCCCCCCACCAAAUCACAUGACCCCCGUCGCCCUUCUCUCUGUACAUACGCCCAUAAAGUCAGCCAUGUGAAGACGAACAAAAAAGAGACUUUGAUUUAAAUUGUAAAACGGCAUAUUUUGUACCAAGCACAAAUAAUUAUUAAAAGAGGGUAAAAAAAAGAAGAAAAAAUAGUAUUGGGAGGAGGGGGGUGGGUGGG